AUGGAGUUUGAGAAGGUGUGGAAGUCACUGGGGGCGGACAGUGAGCGCCAGGCGGCCUUCCUGCGCAUGCUGCAGCCGGCCACGCUGCCCUCGCUGUUCAAGCACGCGCUGACCGGACCGCUGCUGUCAUCCAUGCUGGCAGUCCUGCUGUCCCAGGUCAUCAGUGAGGACCCGGGCUUCAGUGUGCAGUUCCUGUCAGCGCUGAGCGGGGUGCCCCGGUUUGAGCUGACCGCUAUGUGCCUGCCGGCGCGCGAGAGGCAGCAGCUGAAGGGGCUCUGGAACGGCGCUGCAGCGGCCAUGAAUGAAGCUGACGCAGCUGCCUUUGUGGGGCUGAGGAAGUCCUUCAGGCUGUAG